UUGUCGGUGGUCGUAGCCGCGCCAUUAACUUUUACUCUUUGUUUUUGACAUCAAUGAAAGCAUUAUUUUCUCUGUGAUAGUUUGGAAAUGUAAACAUAAACAGAAAUCAUUUCACACAUAUUAAUUUUUAAUUUAUUAAAUGAACAUUGAGCUUUAUAAUAGAAAAUGUCGGAUAUACAUGACGGUCCAAUCUUCAUCGACGUAGGCGACGACGAGCCAGCUGAAAUAUGCGUGGAUUUUGCUGAUAAUACUGACCAAUUAAAUUCCGAUAGUAAUAGGAAGGAAUCAAGCAGGAAAUACCAGGAUGUCUUUCUAAACGCACAAAAUCGGAGAUAUCGUUGUUCGGAAUGCAACAGAUACUCAGCGGAAACUGAAGAGAAACUUCAGCGUCACAUAAAGAAAGUCCACCGCGGAGAGAAUCCAUUCCAAUGUUACAUGUGUGAAUACAGUACAUACAAUAGCUCCGUAUUUGAAGAACAUUUACGAGUACACCAAGGCAUAAAACCAUACAAAUGCUCCAAAUGUCCGUACAGAAGUGUUUCUAAGAAGAACACAAAAAAACAUGAACUAAUCCAUCGUCCAGACAACCCAUUAAAAUGUACACAAUGUGAUUUUAUAGCCAGACAUUCUAGAUCUCUUCUCAAUCAUAUAAGAAAACACGAUAUGGAGACGGUUACAGAGUUUAAAGAAGAGAAGGACAUAGAAUGUAAACGAUGCGAUUUUAUAGCACAUUCUAGAAGUGAAAUGUUACAGCACAAAGUUAAAAUGCAUACAGAUGAAAAGAAAAUCAGAUAUUUAGAGGAUGUGUUCACUUGUGAGGUUUGCGGAUGGUCUUCUAGGAAUAGACCGAAGAUUCUUCUGCAUAUAAUACACCAUCCAAAUCAAUAUAUCGAUGAAAAUGUCAUAGAUGUUAGCAUUUUAAAAAAAUAUGGCAUUAUAGAUGUUUAAGAAACAGAUAAACAGUAAAUCUAAAGAGACUAAAGCCUCCUACACAUGUUUACUUUUAUCGUAAAGAUUCGACUGUUCAGAGAGAAUUUCUAUUGAAUACGACUUUAGAGGGAAAAUGUAACCUCCCAAUACUGUAAAUAAAUUGAUAAGUCAAAUAAAACACUUUUAUAUUA